CACACUUGCCCCCCGGGCUCGGGAGCAUGAAGUAGGGGCCUGCCAUGGGAGCGGGAUCGGCGCGGGGGGCCCGAGGCACAGCGGCGGCGGCGGCGGCGAGCGGGGGGGGUUUUCUCUUCACCUGCAUCUUGGUCUCCUAUGCCUGCCACCUGGCCUCCACCCAAGGAGCUCCUGAAGAUGUGGAUGUCCUCCAGAGGCUGGGCCUUGGCUGGACAAAGGCAGGGGGCAGCCGGAGCCCCGUGCCCCCGGGCGUCAUUCCGUUCCAGUCAGGCUUCAUCUUCACGCAGCGGGCCCGGCUGCAGGCACCCACGGCCACUGUCCUUCCUGCUGCGCUGGGCACGGAGCUGGGACUGGUGCUGAGUCUCUGCUCGCACCGUGUGAACCAUGCCUUCCUCUUUGCCAUCCGCAGCCGGAGGCACAGGCUGCAGCUGGGUCUGCAGUUCCUCCCCGGCAAGACGGUGGUCCACCUGGGGCCCCGGCGCUCCGUGGCCUUCGACCUGGACGUGCAUGAUGGCCGCUGGCACCACCUGGCCCUCGAGUUCCGCAGCCGCUCCGUGACCUUGGUGACGGCCUGUGGGCAAUGCCGGCUGCCCAUCCUGCUGCCUUUCCAAAGGGACCCCGCGUUCGACCCUCAGGGCUCCUUCCUCUUGGGGAAGAUGAGUCCUCGCGCUGUCCAGUUUGAAGGUGCCCUCUGCCAGUUCAGUGUCCACCCAGUGGCGCAGGUCGCUCAUAAUUACUGUGCCCAUUUGAGGCAGCCGUGUGGACGCGCUGACCUGUACCGGCCCCAGCUGGGGGCCCCUUUUCCUCGGGACUCUGGAAGUCCCAUUGCCUUCCAGCCUGACUUGGCCUUUCUCGGCCUGGAAAACCUCACCUCUGCCACCCCAGCCCUGGGGACACGGCCAGCGGGCAGGGUGCCCACAGCAAUGGUGGCUCCAGCCGUACCCUUGAAACCCCUAAGGACUAACCCUGGAGACCCUCCUCAGCAUAGCGCUGGAAGAGACCCAGCCUGGACCCCACUCCCACCUGCCAAGCUGCCCACCAGGAAAGCACCCCUGCCCCUGCCCCCAGCCUCUCUGACCAGAUCCACCCAAACGCCUCCUCCAGCCACUGCCCAGCCACGGCAGAAGAGCUCAGCCACCAAGAACCCUAAAAUUCUCUCCACCAAGCCUUCAGCUACUUCAGUCGCCACCAGCAAAAGCCCUAGUCCUACUCAGAAGACCACUCCCCCUUCAUUCACAAAGUCAGCCCCACCCUCCCAGAAGCCAGCCCCUCCUUCUUUCACAAAGCCAGCCCCAUCCUCCCAGAAGCCAGUCCCAGCUUCAUUCACAAAGUCAGCCCCACCCUCCCAGAAGACCACGCCCCCUUCAUUCACAAAGUCAGCCCCACCUUCAUUCACAAAGUCAGCCCCACCCUCCCAGAAGCCAGUGCAACCCGCCUUCCUCCCAGCUCUUGCCCUACCUUCUGCCACCCAGGAGAAGCCAAUUCAUCGGAGUACCCAGACAUCACACCCUCCACUACCCAGUGCCCGGCCCCUGCUGCCUGCCUCCAGCUCCUCUAAAAAGUCUAUUAUUCCCACGGUAGCCCGGACAGAGGCCAAGCUAACCAGCAGUGCCGGCAAGCUGGUCUCUGCGCACCCCCGCACCUCCCGACCUCCCCAGCCCACUAUUUUACCCCGGUCUCCUGCCCUCCGUUCUGGCUCCACCAGAACCACUAGGCCACCUCCAACCUCACACACUGGAACUCCUAGAACAGCAUCUCCUCCCUUGGCUCCUGGCCUAGCCUCCACUGGGAGCAAGAAGCCCAUCGGGGUGGAGGCUGCCCAGAAAGCAGGGUUCAAGAGCAGUCCCCGGAAUCCUGUCCCCCUCCGGCCUGGGGAAGCAACCAGGGAUGUCCCGACGAGUGACUCAACCAACAGGCCUGGUGGGCAGACAUCUCUGCCUCCAGUCUUGGCCCCGGUGAGAGUCCUGUCCUCCAGCCCCAGGCCCACUAGCAGCGGCUACUCUUUCUUUCAUCUGGCCGGACCCACACCUUUCCCCCUGCUGCUGGGGCCUCCAGGACCCAAGGGAGACUGCGGCUUGCCGGGUCCCCCAGGGCUGCCUGGGCUGCCUGGACCUCCUGGUACACGAGGGCCUCGGGGUCCUCCUGGGCCGUAUGGAAACCCAGGCCUGCCCGGUCCUCCUGGAGCCAAAGGACAGAAAGGAGAUCCAGGGCUUUCACCAGGCCAGGUCCACGAUGGAGCAAAGGGUGACAUGGGCUUGCCUGGGCUCUCGGGGGAUCCGGGACCGCGGGGACGGAAGGGACACAAAGGCUAUCCUGGACCCGCAGGGCAUCCUGGAGAAGAGGGGCAGCUGGGAGCAGAGGGCAGCCCAGGGGCCAAAGGUUACCCUGGCAGGCAGGGGCUACCUGGACCUGUAGGAGAGCCUGGCCCCAAAGGCAGCCGGGGCUACAUUGGACUGCCGGGGCUCUUUGGCCUGCCUGGCUCCGAUGGAGAACGGGGUGUACCUGGCGUUCCUGGCAAGAGGGGCAAGAUGGGUAGGCCGGGGUUCCCUGGAGACUUUGGAGAGAGAGGCCCCCCAGGACUGGAUGGAAAUCCCGGAGAACUGGGUCUUCCGGGGCCCCAAGGAGUCACUGGCCUUAUUGGUGACAUGGGAGCUUUGGGUCCAAUUGGCUACCCAGGACCCAAGGGCAUGAAGGGGCUGAUGGGCGGCAUGGGGGAGCCCGGACUGAAAGGUGAUAAGGGUGAACAAGGGAUCCCAGGUGUGGCGGGCGACCCCGGCUUUCAAGGAGACAAGGGGAGCCAGGGGCUGCCAGGGCUCCCAGGUGCACGCGGGAAGCCAGGACCUCUGGGUAGAACUGGAGACAAAGGCUCUCUGGGGUUUCCUGGGCCCCCUGGACCUGAGGGAUUCCCAGGAGACAUUGGCCCACCUGGAGACAAUGGCCCUGAAGGCACGAAGGGUAAGCCUGGAGCCCGAGGCCUGCCAGGACCCAAUGGACAGCUGGGGCCAGAGGGAAAUGAGGGACCCAUGGGGCCUCCAGGAGUCCCCGGCUUGGAGGGUCAAAUGGGCAGGAAAGGAUUUCCUGGAAGGCCCGGCCCUGAUGGUUUGAAGGGUGAGCCAGGCGAUCCUGGAAGGCCAGGGCCCGUGGGCGAGCAGGGGCUCCCGGGAUUCAUUGGUCUGGUUGGGGAACCGGGCAUCAUGGGAGAGAAGGGUGAUCGCGGCAUGAUGGGCCCCCCAGGUGCACCUGGACCCAAGGGGUCGAUGGGUCAUCCUGGAACGCCGGGCAGUAUCGGGAACCCCGGAGAGCCUGGGCCCCAGGGUGCUCCUGGAUCUCGAGGGCCACCAGGCAUGAGGGGCGCUAAAGGUCGCCGGGGCCCACGAGGACCAGAUGGACCAGCCGGGGAGCAGGGGCCCAAGGGCCUGAAGGGCCCUGAAGGACCGCGGGGUAGACCAGGCCAGCCCGGACAACAGGGUGCAGCUGGUGAGCGAGGCCACUCGGGCCCACGAGGCUUCCUUGGCAUCCCCGGUCCCUCGGGCCCCCCAGGUGCCAAGGGCCUCCCCGGAGAACCGGGACCUCAGGGACCACAGGGGCCAGUUGGCCCGCCAGGAGAGAUGGGACCCAAGGGGCCACCAGGUGCUGUGGGAGAACCAGGCCUUCCCGGGGAUGCUGGGUUGAAGGGUGACGCUGGACCUCUGGGAGCACCUGGGGAGCAGGGCCUCGUUGGUCAGCGGGGAGAGCCAGGCUUGGAGGGUGAUCUUGGCCCUGCAGGGCCAGACGGAUUGAAGGGAGACAGAGGUGACCCAGGGCCUGACGGUGAGCGUGGCGAAAAAGGCCAGGAGGGGCUGAAGGGUGAGGAUGGGCCCCCCGGGCCUCCAGGGAUCACUGGCAUCAGGGGUCCAGAAGGAAAACCAGGGAAGCAGGGUGCGAAGGGCCGGACUGGGGCCAAGGGUGCCAAGGGCUACCAAGGACAGCUGGGUGAGAUGGGUGUCCCUGGAGACCCUGGACCCCCAGGGACCCCAGGCCCUAAGGGGUCCCGAGGCAGCCUGGGACCAACAGGUGCUCCAGGACGGAUGGGGCCCCAAGGGGAACCCGGACUGGCAGGUUACAAUGGACACAAAGGCAUUGCGGGACCGCUGGGACCUCCUGGGCCAAAAGGCGAGAAGGGGGAGCAGGGUGAGGACGGCAAGGCCGAGGGCCCCCCUGGGCCUCCUGGAGAUCGGGGGCCUGUGGGUGAUCGCGGAGACCGUGGGGCACACGGGGACCCUGGAUACCCUGGACAGGAAGGUGUUCAAGGCCUUCGAGGAAAACCAGGCCAGCAGGGCCAACCCGGGCAUCCGGGACCCCGGGGGCGGCCGGGACCCAAAGGAUCAAAAGGCGAAGAGGGUCCAGCUGGAAAGCCAGGCAAGGCUGGGGCACCAGGCCGGAGGGGGAUGCAGGGGCCACCGGGGCUGCCAGGACCCCGGGGUGUGGUGGGGAGACAGGGCCCCGAGGGCAUCGCUGGACCAGAUGGGCUUCCUGGCAGGGAUGGCCAAGCAGGACAGAAGGGAGAACAAGGAGAAGAUGGGGACCCUGGCUCCCUGGGUCCUGCUGGGAGGAGAGGAAACCCAGGAGUGGCCGGCUUGCCUGGAGCACAAGGGCCCCCAGGAUUCAAGGGUGAAAGUGGGUUACCCGGACAGCUGGGUCCCCCUGGCAAACGAGGAACAGAGGGCGGAAUGGGUGUUCCUGGAAGCCAGGGAGAGCCUGGAUCCAAAGGGCAGCCGGGCAACUCUGGUGAGAUGGGCUUUCCAGGAGUGGUUGGCCUGUUUGGACCCAAGGGACCCCCUGGAGACAUUGGCUUCAAAGGCAUCCAAGGCCCUCGUGGACCUCCUGGGUUGAUGGGAAAGGAAGGCAUCAUUGGGCCCCUUGGAAUUCUGGGACCUUCAGGACUCCCGGGUGCGAAGGGUGACAAAGGCAGCAGAGGAGACUGGGGACUACGGGGCCCACGGGGUCCUCCCGGCCCCAGAGGGCAGCCUGGCCCACCGGGCCCUCCAGGGCAGGCCAUCUUCCUUCAACGAGAUGACUUUGAAGCUUUCCAGACGUGGAUGGACACGAACAGAGCACUCAGACCAGAGGGGUACAGCUAUCCGGACUACCUGGUGCUAGAGCAGGGAGGUCAGAUCUUCAAAACCUUACACUACCUCAGCAACCUCAUCCAGAGCAUUAAGACGCCCCUGGGCACCAAGGAGAACCCAGCCCGGGUCUGCCGGGACCUCAUGGACUGUGAGCAGAAGAUGGUGGAUGGUACCUACUGGGUGGACCCCAAUCUCGGCUGCUCCUCUGACACCAUUGAAGUCUCUUGCAACUUCACACACGGUGGACAGACCUGUCUAAAGCCCAUCACAGCCUCUAAGAUGGAGUUUGCCGUCAGCAGGGUCCAGAUGAAUUUUCUGCACCUGCUGAGCUCCGAGGUGACGCAACACAUCACCAUCCACUGCCUUAACCUCACGGUGUGGCAGGAGGGCCCGGGGCACUCCUUAGCCAAGCAGGCUGUGCGCUUUCGGGCCUGGAAUGGGCAGAUCUUCGAAGCCGGGGGUCAGUUCAGGCCAGAAGUGUCUGUGGAUGGCUGCAAGGUCCAUGAUGGCCGCUGGCAUCAGACACUCUUCACCUUCAGGACCCAGGACCCCCAGCAGCUACCCAUUGUCAGCGUGGACAACCUCCCUCCCGCCUCAUCCGGGAAGCAGUACCGCCUCGAAGUUGGACCUGCGUGCUUCCUCUGACCUCUGACCCCUGGGUGCCUCUAGGCCUUCUGGGAAGGGAAGAGGACCGGAAGCAAGAGCAGGGCCCCUCUGCCCAGGAUCCCCUGGGCAGGCUUGAGCUGUGGUCUGCUCUGUAGGAGUGGGUGGGGAGUAGCAGGCCCUGGGCUGGUCUUGGGAACAAUGGACCCUAAUGUAGCCCCAAAGAUCAACCAAAGAGCCAGCCAGAACAAGUUGAGCUGCAACCCAGCUGCACCCCUCCACCUAUCUCCCAGCCCUGAAGCCAUCCCUACCCUCCCAGCUCCCUGCCCAGAGAGCCCCAUGCUGAAGCUGGCGGGAGGGAAGGUGGUAACCUGUCAGCUGGUCCCUGCCAGGGAGCUUUUGAUGUGCAAUAUUAGAAAAGGAGACAUGAAAAAGAGAAGAAAAGAAGUAUAUAUAUAGUAAGAUGUUAUUUAAACAAAAAGAUGUGUUACUAUUUUUGUUUUCACCUGGGAGAGAGGUGAGGAAGCGAAGAGCAGUGGGGAUGGCAGGGGCAGGGAGGAGGCAUGACGGGGCUGGGGUACCCGGGCCGAGACCUCCCACUGUGAAUCCACUGGUGCUCACAAACAUCUUGUGUAGUGUACGUAAUUGUGUUUUUAAGGAAAAAACAAA